AGCUUAGAAUCAAAGAGAAGAUUAAAAUAAAAUAAGAGGGGUGAGGAAAUCUCGAGGAAAGUGAGAAAGAAAAGGCCAAAAGAGAUUCAAAGAACUCUCUUAUAAAAACGACUAAUAGAAAGGUAAGGCAUGUCCAAAUACAAGUAUUUAUACACAAAAGAGCAAUUGAGCUCCAAUUUCUUUUCAACAAUAAAUAUACUUCCCUUUUUUUUUUUCUCUAUUAGAUUUGCUCAAUUGUUGUUAAAAAAAAAAAAAAAAAAAAAAAAAAAAAAAAAAAAAAAAAAAGAUUUGCUCAAUCUAUUGGUAGAGUCAUAGAAACAAUAAUUUCCUAUCUUUAUACACACUUUUUCAAAACAACAUACGGAGUAAUACGCAGUAUGGUACAAAUUAUCCAAUAAUAUAUUAGAAAAUCUUAUCUUGUAUUUUGACCCGACCCGAUCCAUUGGUAGAGUCAUAGAAACAAUAAUUUCCUAUAUGUUUUAAAAAAAAAUCAAUAAAUUCCUAUUUUUAUACACACUUUUUCAAAACAAUAUACUGAGUAAUACACAGUAUGGUACAAAUUAUCCAAUACGAGUAAUAUAUUAGAAAACCUUAUCUUGUAUUUUGACUCGAUCCGAGUCCAAAAAUAAGUUAAAAGAUCAGGAAAACUACAUAUAUACAGAAUUUAAAAACAUUUGUUGCUUAUUAGACUUUUUUUUUUUUUUCUUUUUUUUUGGGAGGAAAUUUGAUUCUAUAGCUGUAUUCAUUUUUUAUACGUAGUAUAUAUUUUUUUUUCUCUGAUUUCCAUCUAAUUUAACAUUUUACCAGAAUAAAGAAGUGUAAAUUAUAAUACUUUAGUAUCUGAUUUUUUAAUUACUAUCAUUAUUUUUGUAAUAAUCAGUAAGUGUGGGAUGUAUAGAGUCGUAAAUUAGUAUGAAAAAUGUGCUGCUAAUUUCUCACUAAUUAUGUAUGGUUUUAUGAAAAUACUAACAUAAGGAUCGGAUGAGUCUAUUUAUAUCUUUCUUAAAGAUCUGAUUUAUUUUUUAUGAACAGCUAGAUCGAGUUUAUGACCAGUUUAACCACUUCUCUGCCAUCAGUUCGAUCUGCAAUCACAUACAAACAGCAGUGGUUAAUCGUGGCUAGAAAAACUCGACGAAAGGGCUGAGCAAACCACAAUAUAAUGCAAGCAAUCAAGCUCAUCAAUAAGGACUUCCCUGGAGAAACAUCUAAGCCAAGUUUGGCACUACUCAUUAAUGCAGCGUGUACAAAAUUAUUUGUUAAACAACCAUGUAUUUUCAGAGUUCCUGAACAUUUAAGGAGACUGAAUGAAAAUGCAUACACUCCUUUUCAUGUCUCAAUUGGUCCUUUUCACCACAGAGAUGACAAGUAUAGUGUCAUGGAGGAACAUAAGUUGGUAUACGCAAGGGAUUUGAUCAGACGACGUUUUUGGGGCUCGAAAACCAGCAAUGUUAGUGAUCAGAAAGGAAAGGUAACUACACUUGAAGAAGAGAUAAAAGUUUAUGUCGAGGAGGUGGAGAAGCUUGAAGUUGAGGCGCGCAAAAGCUAUGCUGAAAGCAUAAAGCUUAGCAAGGAAGAGUUUGUUGACAUGCUACUUAUCGAUGGGUGCUUCAUAGUUGAGUUCCUAUGUAGGAAGAUCCGAAAGCUGUCAUACUUGGAAAUUGAAAUGGAAUCGACAAGUAAAGAGCUAGGAGAAACAACAAGAGCUUGUGAAUCGACGAAAGUAGGGGGAACGUUUAAUGGGAUGUAUAAAUUCAUUGAGGAAGUUUAUGAAGAUUGGGAGCCUGCAAAUGAUUUUAUAUUUCAAAGCACGAGAACAUCCUUUGAAGUUCGACGUGACCUUACUUUGCUAGAGAAUCAACUUCCAUAUUUUGUCCUUGAACACAUAUUUGAGUUCACAUUUUCAAAGGCUAUUGAAGAAUUCCUGAAAAAUCAAGUUUUUAGUUCAGAAGAUGUACCAAAAUUUCAUGACAUUGUUUAUUGUGCAUUAAGGACGUCGAUUCCUAAUACAACACACGUCUUAACUAGAGAGGAUGUCGAUCUAAGAACAAAAAAUCCUGAAAUGACUGCUCAUUUUGUUAGUUUUCUAAGGAUGUGCUGUCUACCACCUCAAAUCAUCUCAGGCAAAGUGAAAAAGGCAGAGCAAAGUGGUGUUUUCACAUCAGAUGAAAGACAUAACACAAAAACAGCGAAAAAAAUCACUGCAGACCAGGUCCAAGAUGAGGAAAGCACUUCCUCAGGAGCCAAACAGGAACAAAGGAUAAACAUCAAGCAUAUGAGAGAGUUUCCAUGUCUUUGCAACAUGGAAACACCACAUGACAUUCGAGUUCCAAGUGUAACUCGACUUGCAAAAGCCGGUGUUCUGUUUGAGAAAUCAUGUAGUGAAACUCCACUGCUGGAGAUAAAGUUUGACAGUAAGCGAGGGGUAUUGAAGAUGCCACCUCUGACAAUGUGGCAUCACACCGAAACAUUUUUCAGGAACGUCAUGGCACAUGAGCUGUACAAUCAUACAGCUAACAGUGGGAGCAGAUCAGUUAGCGACUAUAUGUGCUUCAUGGACGACCUGAUCAAUUCCAAAGAAGAUGUCGCGCUGCUUGUGAAGAGUAAAAUUAUUCAGAACUGGUUAGAGUCUGAUGCAGUGGUAGCAGAUCUGUUUAAUUCUAUCACAAAGCAUAUACUGGCAGACUAUUCAUCCUACUCAGACACCUGUAUGCAGCUGAACAAGUUUCGCGGCAAGUAUAAUAUACGUUGGUUGAAGGCAAUCCUUCAACAAGAGUAUUUCAGCCAACCAUGGGCGAUUGUAUAUUUCAUCACUUUGGUGGUCAUACAAACUGCUGCAGCCACCAUACAGGCUGUCACUACUUUCACCUCUAAGAAGUAAUAAAUCAUGCUUCUGUAUUCAAGUUUUAAAACAAAAGUUAGUGUACAUUCUUUAAAAGAUUUCAGCCAGGAUAAACUAAAUCCUUGCAAUCACUUUGCCUUUAGUUAAUAAACAACAGUUAGUGCUAGCAGACAUACAAAGUUAUUCCAAAAAAAUCAAACACUUAAAAUUAUUGUAACAAACUCAAAUAUACAAUCUAGUUAGUAUAUAUAUUCAUGUAAUAGAUGGAAUCAGGAAACACUACUUGUAACUUAUUCAUCUCCACUGUCGUAUUGACAGAGUGAUUGGAGAGCCGCCGUAUCUUCCUUUGAAACUGGUACUGGUUUCCUCACCACCAUGAAUUUGACUCUCUGAGCCGGAGCCAUCAAGGUAGGUUGCUGCUUACCUUCUGAAGUUUCGUCGUCUUGAGUUAAAGUACUGAUGGUCGUUGAAAGUUUGAGUUUCUUGACACUGAAAUUAUUUGGUAUCUCAUCACUGUCAUCAUCAUCAUGAAUCUUAACUACCUCUUCUACUCAUUAUUUCUCUCUAGGGCCUGGAACUCAAAAUUCUUAGGCCCAAAAUACCCAAAUUUAUUUCCACUUUAAUUUAGGAAAAUUUGAAAAAAAAAAAAAAAAACCCUUUUAAAAGCUUUUUUGUUAAAAAAAAUAAUAAAAAUAAUUUACUCAACUGCUAUUUGUCGCUCCCAAUUUACCAGGUAACGCUCCCUUUUUGACUUGAAUGGACCACUAUGCCCUUUAUGCAAUUUGUGUUAUAAAAAGGACCUUGUUCCCCAUUUGGACACCAUACAUGAAACGGUCCCCUCACUUCACGACAUUGCUGUCCCGAGCCUCCCAAAAUCGGUCCCCACGGCCUUGCAACCAAAUCGGUCCCCACGACCACCUAAAUGUUCUAUUUUUAAAAAUCGUGAAAUUUUCCGACGGGUCUUGGGUCAUGGACGGCGAGUGGAACAUACGUACGCCGGAGAAUGCGUCGGAUCAUUCUGUAAGUUUUUAUUUUUAUUUUUUAUUUUCGGUAAUUAGGACAUCCGCCUAAAAUUUCCGGAUGUCCUAGGUACAUCCGCCUAAAAUUUCCGGAUGUACCAUGGAACAUCCGGAAAUUUCAAGCGGAAGAUGGGAUCCGCCUAAAAAAUCCGGAUGUUCCAUGGUACA